AUGCUCCGCUCUUCUAGAUCCUUUUCUGUUUGCGCCAGAUUGGCCAAGUGGAACGAAAUCCCAUUGGCUCCUCCCGACAAGAUCCUCGGCAUCAGCGAGGCCUUCGUCAAGGACACCAACAACAAAAAAAUCAACUUGGGUGUCGGUGCCUACAGAGACGGCAAGGGUAAGCCAAUUGUGUUCCCUUCGGUGAAGAAGGCCGAAACCGUGCUUUUGGAGAACGAGUCCAACAAGGAGUACACCGGUAUCACCGGUUCCAAGACCUACCAGGACGCGGUCAAGAACUUCAUUUUCAACAACUCUGACAAGGACACCAACGGUGCUCAAUUGAUCAAGGACGGCCGUAUUGUCACUGCCCAGACCAUCUCCGGUACCGGUUCUCUCCGUGUUAUCGCCGAUUUCCUCAACAGAUUCUACUCCUCGGGCCAGAUCAUCGUUCCUAAGCCAACCUGGGCCAACCACGUUGCUGUGUUCACCGAUGCUGGCAUGAAGGCUGACUUUUACGCCUACUACGACAAGGAGAACAACGGCUUGGACUUUGAGAACCUCAAGAAGUCCGUUGCCGCUGCUCCUGAGGAGUCUGUGAUUUUGUUGCACGCCUGUUGCCACAACCCUACUGGUAUGGACUUGACUCCCCAGGAAUGGGAGGAAGUUUUGGAGAUCAUCCAGCAGAAGAAGCUCUUCCCUCUUGUGGACAUGGCCUACCAGGGCUUUGCCUCCGGUAACACCUACGAGGACAUUGGCUUGAUCAGAAGAUUGAACGAGCUCGUUGUCCAGGGCAAGAUCCCAACCUACGCUCUUUGCCAGUCCUUCGCCAAGAACAUGGGCUUGUACGGUGAGAGAACCGGUUCCAUCUCUAUUAUUACCGAGUCUGCCGAGCACUCCAAGGCUGUGGAGUCCCAGCUCAAGAAGUUGAUCAGACCAAUCUACUCCAACCCACCAAUCCACGGAUCUAGAAUCGUCGAGACCAUCUUCUCCAACAAGGACUUGUACAACGAGUGGUUGGCCGACUUGGACGCUGUGGUGGGCCGCUUGAACGUGAUCAGAGACAAGUUGUACCAGAAGUUGGACAAGUCCAACUACAACUGGGACCACUUGUUGAAGCAGCGUGGUAUGUUUAUCUACACCGGUUUGUCUGCCGAGCAGGUGAUUGAGUUGAGAGAGAAGUACUCUGUGUACGCCACCGAGGACGGUCGUUUCUCCAUCUCUGGUGUCAAUGAGGACAACGUUGACUACUUGGCUGACGCCAUCAACCAGGUUAUCAAAAAAUAG